AAGUACGAAGAAGAAGAAGAAGAUUAGCAGAGAAAGAUGGAAGCUAAGGUCAGCAAAUUCUUCAGCUCGGUUUCCAGUUUCUUCUCCGGUGGCGAUCACAUACCAUGGUGCGAUCGCGAUGUUAUUGCCACUAUUAGAUGGCAGACGCUAGCACAACAGUUGAUGCACCAAUAAACAUGUCUAGUGAAAUUUGUUAUGAGUUGCGAAAGAGAGGCUGCUGAUGCCGAAAAGGGCUCGUCUGAUGAGCUGUUGAAGGAAAGCAUUAUGCGUUUAUCUUGGGCACUUGUUCAUUCAAGGCAACCCGAAGAUGUACAACGUGGGAUCGCAAUGCUUGAAGCUGCACUAUCUGGUGAUGAUAGCCCAUUGAAGAUGAGAGAGAAGCUUUAUCUUCUUGCUGUUGGGUAUUUCAGAAGUGGUGAUUACUCCAGGAGUAGGGAACUUGUAGAAGAAUGCUUAACGAUUGCACCAGACUGGAGACAGGCAAGGACACUGAAGAAAUCAAUCGAAGACCGGAUCACUAAAGAUGGUGUGAUCGGCAUCGGCAUUGCAGCGACUGCUGUAGGACUGCUUGCUGGUGGUAUUGCUGCUGCUGUUUCCAGAAAGAAGUGAGCCAAUUACUUGCUUUGUAUAUAAGAGAUCACUGUCUGAUCAAACCCAGUUUUAGAGUUGCCAGACUUGAAAGAACUUUGAGAUGUAUAAUGCUACUUAGCUAUUACUAAUGUUUGUUCUGUUAUAUUGAUCUAUUUCAUAUUGUAUAAACAUUGUGUUACGUUCUUUGUCCUGCAUUGGUAGUUUAUUUGAGAUUAUACACAUUCUUUCAAUUUGA